UUUUUAAUUUUUUUUUUAAAUAUAUUUUUUACGCCCCUCUCCCAUACCUCUCUCUCUCCUCGCGGGUUAUUUCCCCUGCCACUAUUUCGUGUGCGUGUGUCUGUAAAUCCCUUAUUUAAUUGUAUUAUUAUUUGUGCGUGUGCAGAGCCCCCCUCCCCCUUUCCCUCUCGCUGUCUGUCUCUCCCUCUCUCCCUCUCUCUCUCUCUCUCUGUCUGUCUCUUUCUUUCUUGUCGGAGGCUGUGGGAUAAUGGCGUGUGGGUUGUGGCUGUGAGGAUGAGUUCCUGCUUCGUGCCGAACGGGGCCAGCCUGGAGGAUUGCCAUUCCAACCUCUUCUGCCUGGCUGAUCUAACUGGGAUUAAAUGGAAGCGCUACGUGUGGCAGGGCCCAACAUCUGCCCCCAUUCUCUUCCCUGUCACGGAGGAGGAUCCCAUCCUGAGCAGCUUCAGCCGCUGUCUCAAGGCCGACGUGCUCAGUGUCUGGCGCCGGGACCAGAGGCCUGGGCGCAGGGAGCUCUGGAUAUUCUGGUGGGGGGAUGACCCCAACUUUGCUGACCUGAUCCAUCAUGAUCUCUCAGAAGAGGAGGAUGGGGUUUGGGAGAACGGGCUCUCCUACGAGUGCCGCACUCUGCUGUUCAAAGCCGUGCACAACCUGCUGGAGAGGUGUCUGAUGAACAGGAACUUCGUCCGCAUCGGCAAAUGGUUUGUGAAGCCUUACGAGAAAGAUGAGAAACCCAUAAACAAAAGUGAGCACUUGUCCUGCUCGUUCACCUUCUUCCUGCACGGGGACAGCAAUGUGUGCACCAGCGUGGAGAUCAGCCAGCACCAGCCCGUGUACCUGCUCAGCGAGGAGCACCUCACCCUGGCCCAGCAGUCCAACAGCCCCUUCCAAGUUAUCCUGAGCCCCUUUGGGUUGAAUGGCACACUCACAGGGCAGUCCUUCAAGCUUUCUGAUUCAUCCACAAAAAAGCUGAUUGGGGAGUGGAAGCAAUUCUACCCCGUCACAUCCAACUUGAAGGAGGGAUCUGAGGAAAAACAAGAAGAAAUGGAUUGGGAGGAUGAUUCUUUAGCUGCUGUUGAAGUUCUUGUUGCUGGUGUGAGGAUGGUGUACCCUGCGUGCUUUGUGCUGGUCCCUCAGACAGACAUCCCUGCUCCCAGCUCCGUGGGGGCUCCCCACUGCUCCACCGCUUGCCUGGGGGUCCACCAAGUGCCUGCUUCCACCAGAGACCCUGCCAUGUCCUCGGUCACACUGACUCCACCCACGUCCCCGGAGGAAGUUCAAACAGUUGAUGCUCAAUCUGCCCAGAAAUGGGUGAAGUUUUCCUCGGUUUCAGACGGAUUUAUCUCGGACAGUACCAGCCAUCACGGUGGCAAAAUCCCCAGAAAAUUGGCCAACCAAGUGGUGGACAGAGUCUGGCAAGAGUGCAACAUGAACAGAGCACAGAACAAGAGGAAGUAUUCUGCUACAUCAAAUGGCUUGUGUGAGGAGGAGACAGCUGACAAGGUGGCAUCCUGGGAUUUUGUUGAAGCCACGCAGAGGACAAAUUGCAAUUGUUCAAGGCACAAAAAUCUCAAACCAAGAAAUUCAGGUCAACAGGGGCAGGCCCCACCUGUGGGCCCCCAGCAGCCGGCGGCUCCGAAGCACAAGACAAAUGAGAAGCAAGACAAAGGGGAUAAGCCACAGAAACGCCCUUUGACUCCUUUUCAUCAUCGUGUAUCUAUCAGUGAUGAUGUUGCCAUGGAGGCAGAUUCAGCGAGUCAGAGGCUUGUGAUGACUGCACCAGACAGCCAAGUGAGGUUUGCCAAUAUCCGAACUAACGAUGUAGCAAAGCCCCCCCAGCUGCACGGGGCCGAGCUGGCAAACUCGCCACAGCCGCCGCCGCUCAGCCCCCACCCCUGCGACGGCGCCGACGAGGGGGUGCCCAAAGCUCCCUCCACGCCCCAGAGUCAACACUUCUACCAGAUGCCAACGCCAGACCCCUUGGUUCCCACAAAAGCAAUGGAAGACAGGCUCGAUGGCUUGUCCCAGCCUUUUCCAGCUGCGUUCCCCGAAGUUAUAGAGCCCACCAUGUAUGUCGGCACUGCCGUGAAUUUGGAGGAGGACGAAGCUGACACGACUUGGAAGUAUUAUAAAGUUCCAAAGAAAAAGGAUGUGGAGUUCUUACCACCCCAGCUUCCAAAUGAUAAGUUGAGAGAUGAUCCAGUAAUACCUGCUGGACAGGAAAAUGUAACAUCAGUUACAGAAUUAAUGGUGCAAUGUAGGAAACCUUUGAAGGUUUCAGAUGAACUGGUGCAACAGUAUCAGAGUAAAAACCAAUAUUUAACAGCUGUAGCAACGGAAGCUGACCAGGAACCUGAAAUUGAUCCUUAUGCCUUUGUGGAUGGAGAUGUGGAAUUCCUAUUUCCUGACAGCAAAAAAGACAGGCAGAACAUUGAGAGGGAAGUGGGGAAGAAACACAAGGCUGAGGAUGGGACAUCCAGUGUUACAGUUCUGUCCCAUGAAGGAGAGGAUGCAAUGUCUCUGUUUAGUCCUUCUGUCAAGCAAGAUGCCCAACGUUUGGCUGCCCACGCCCGCACUGCCUCGACCAGCCUGUUCCACGAGACAGACCUGGUGGUGUCCUACACUGACCUGGACAAUCUCUUCAAUUCUGAUGAAGAUGAACUCACACCUGGAUCUAAACGAACAGUGAACGGCACCGAUGACAAAUCCAACUGCAAAGAGGCAAAAACAGGAAAUCUAGACCCACUGUCAUGCAUAAGCACUGCAGAUCUCCAUAAAAUGUAUCCAACUCCCCCUUCACUGGAACAACAUAUUAUGGGGUUUUCUCCAAUGAACAUGAACAAUAAAGAGUACGGCAGCAUGGACACUACACUUGGAGGAACAGUGCUGGAAGGGAAUAGCUCUACUGUGGGAGCUCAGUUCAGAAUUGAAGUAGAUGAGGGCUUCUGCAGUCCCAAACCUGCUGAAAUCAAGGAUUAUUCUUAUGUUUAUAAACCUGAGAACUGUCAAGCUUUAGUGGGAUGUUCCAUGUUUGCACCACUGAAGACUCUUCCCAGCCAGUGUCUUCCUCCCAUCAAACUGCCCGAGGAAUGCAUUUACCGCCAGAGCUGGACUGUGGGAAAGCUGGAUUUGCUUCCUCCAGGCCCUGCCAUGCCUUUCAUCAAAGACGGUGAUGGGAGCACCUUGGAUCAGGAGUACGGCCCUGCCUACACCCCACAGACCCAUACUCCAUUUGGGAUGCCCCCGAGCAGUGCCCCUCCCAGCAACAGCGGGGCUGGAAUUCUCCCUUCUCCUUCCACCCCUCGCUUCCCAACUCCCAGAACACCAAGGACUCCCCGAACGCCCCGUGGAGCUGGCGGGCCUGCGAGUGCCCAGGGCUCAGUGAAAUACGAGAACUCGGAUUUGUACUCCCCAGCUUCCACGCCCUCCACGUGUCGGCCGCUGAAUUCCGUGGAACCUGCAACGGUGCCUUCCAUCCCCGAGGCACACAGCCUGUAUGUGAAUCUCAUCCUCUCUGAGUCCGUCAUGAAUCUCUUCAAAGACUGCAACUUUGACAGCUGCUGCAUUUGUGUUUGCAAUAUGAACAUCAAAGGUGCUGAUGUUGGAGUUUACAUUCCUGAUCCAACACAAGAGGCCCAGUAUAGGUGUACCUGUGGUUUCAGUGCUGUUAUGAAUAGAAAAUUUGGCAACAGUUCUGGGCUGUUUCUUGAAGAUGAGCUGGAUAUUCUGGGGCGAAACACGGAGUGUGGCAAAGAAGCAGAAAAACGCUUUGAAGCUCUCAGAGCUACUUCCAUUGAACACGGCAGUGGAGGGCUGAAAGAACCCGAGAAACUGCCCGAUGACUUGAUACUGUUGCUGCAGGAUCAAUGCACCAACCUGUUCUCACCCUUUGGAGCAGCAGACCAAGACUCCAUCCCCAAAGUUGGUGCUGUUAGCAACCUGGUACGUGUAGAAGAAAGGGAUUGUUGCAAUGACUGCUACUUAGCCUUGGAACAUGGACGGCAGUUUAUGGACAAUAUGUCAGGAGGGAAAGUUGAUGAAGCACUUGUGAAAACUACUUGCUUGCACCACUGGUCAAAAAGAAAUGUGGUGGAUGUGAGCAUGCAGUGUUCCCAGGACAUCCUCCGCAUGCUGCUCUCGCUCCAGCCCGUGCUGCAGGACGCCAUCCAGAAGAAGCGAACGGUCCGGUCCUGGGGGGUGCAGGGACCCCUCACGUGGCAGCAGUUCCACAAAAUGGCUGGGAGAGGCUCCUAUGGAACCGAUGAGUCCCCGGAACCACUGCCAAUCCCAACAUUUUUGCUGGGAUAUGAUUACGAUUUCCUGGUGCUGUCUCCAUUUGCAUUGCCCUACUGGGAGAGGUUGAUGCUGGAACCUUACGGAUCUCAGCGAGACGUUGCUUAUGUUGUGGUGUGCCCGGAGAACGAGGCUCUGCUCAAUGGAGCCAAAAGCUUCUUUAGGGAUCUGACUGCAAUAUACGAGUCCUGCAGGCUUGGUCAGCACAGACCUAUCUGUAAGUUACUGCCUGAUGGGAUCAUGAGGGUUGGACCUACAGCCUCCAAGAAGCUGUCGGAGAAGUUGGUCACGGAGUGGUUCUCACAGACAGCCAAUGCCAACAACGAGGCAUUCUCCAAACUCAAACUCUACGCUCAAGUUUGCAGAUAUGAGCUGGGUCCUUAUCUUGCUUCUCAGCCUUUGGACAAUUCUUUACUUUCCCAAACAAACCUGGUCCCUCCCUCCAGCCAGGCAGCCUCUGCUCUGCCCCCAGUGACAGCCCCUGCUGCAAAUCCCAACACUCCGUCGUCGGCUCCUGCAGCUCCCACCAGCAGCACCAUCACAGUGACCUCCACCAGUGCCAUGUCCUCUGCAGCCACUACAGCCAACUCCACCCUGACCACCACUGCCCCAUCCUCCUCCUCUGCCAGUCUGGGCAGUGGCAUUCCAACGAGCAAGCCUUCCUCAUUCCCACCUUUCAGCAAUAUGAACAAUACCACUCCUGCCUCCCUGCCCGCCCAGACUGCACCAGUCCCAAAUGGGCAAACUGGGGGGCAGCAGCAACAGCCAACACUGCAAACAGCAGGGAUGUCUGGAGACACGGCUGCAGCACCUGCACAGCCCCAUCCAGAGAUUUCUGAAAGCACUAUGGAUCGUGAUAAAGUCGGAGUCCCCACAGAUGGAGAUUCACAUGCUAUCACCUAUCCACCUGCAAUUGUAGUUUACAUAAUUGAUCCUUUCACAUAUGAAAAAAAGGAUGAGAACAGUAGCUCAUCUAGUUUGUGGACACUUGGACUUCUGCGCUGCUUUCUAGAGAUGGUUCAGGUUCUUCCUCCCAACAUCAAGAACAUCAUUUCUGUGCAGAUUGUCCCAUGUCAGUACCUGCUCCAGCCUGUGAAACACGAGGACCGGCAGAUUUACACUCAGCAUUUAAAAUCUUUGGCAUUUUCAGCUUUCACUCAGUGUCGGAGACCUCUCCCAACUUCCACCAACGUGAAAACCUUAACUGGCUUUGGCCCAGGUUUAGCCAUGGAAACUGCUCUUAGGAGCCCUGAUAGACCUGAGUGUAUUCGACUCUACACCCCUCCUUUUAUACUGGCUCCAGUAAAGGACAAGCAAACAGAGCUGGGAGAAACCUUUGGAGAAGCUGGCCAGAAGUAUAAUGUGCUUUUUGUGGGCUACUGUUUGUCUCAUGAUCAGAGGUGGCUGCUUGCAUCCUGUACAGACCUCUAUGGAGAGCAGUUAGAAACUUGCAUAAUUAAUAUUGAUGUACCAAACAGAGCUCGCAGGAAAAAGGGUUCUGCCCGCAGACUUGGUCUCCAGAAACUCUGGGAAUGGUGCUUGGGACUUGUGCAGAUGAGCUCUUUGCCAUGGAGAGUUGUAAUUGGCCGCUUAGGAAGAAUAGGACAUGGGGAAUUAAAAGACUGGAGCUGUUUGCUGAGCCGCCGGAACCUGCAGUCCCUCAGCAAGAGGCUGAAGGACAUGUGCAGGAUGUGUGGGAUCUCUGCCGCAGACUCCCCCAGCAUUCUCAGUGCUUGCUUGGUGGCCAUGGAACCCCAGGGAUCCUUCAUUAUUAUGCCAGAUUCUGUGUCCACCGGCUCUGUGUUUGGGCGCAGCACCACCCUGAACAUGCAAACGUCUCAGCUGAACACACCCCAGGACACGUCCUGCACUCACAUCCUGGUGUUCCCCACGUCUGCAUCUGUGCAAGUGGCAUCAUCCACUUACACUACUGAGAACCUGGAUCUGGCCUUUAACACAAACAAUGAUGGAGCAGAUGGAAUGGGAAUCUUUGACUUGUUAGACACUGGAGAUGAUCUUGAUCCUGAUAUUAUAAAUAUUCUUCCUGCAUCUCCUGGUGGAUCCCCUGUGCAUUCUCCAGGGUCCCACUACCCCCAUGGAGGUGAUAUGGGCAAGGGUCAAGGCACAGAUCGAUUACUUUCCACAGAAUCUCAUGAUGAAGUAACAAAUAUACUGCAGCAGCCACUGGCCCUCGGUUAUUUUGUGUCAACUGCCAAAGCAGGUCCAUUGCCUGACUGGUUUUGGUCAGCGUGUCCUCAAGCACAAAAUCAGUGUCCCUUGUUUCUUAAGGCCUCUUUGCACCUCCACGUGCCUUCAGUGCAAUCAGACGAGCUACUCCACAGUAAACACUCCCAUCCACUUGAUUCUAAUCAAACUUCUGAUGUGCUCAGGUUUGUUCUGGAACAGUACAAUGCACUCUCCUGGCUAACCUGUGAUCCUGCAACCCAGGACAGACGGUCAUGUCUCCCAAUUCAUUUUGUGGUGCUGAAUCAGUUGUAUAACUUUAUCAUGAAUAUGCUGUGAUCUUCAUCUGAAUUUUGCAAGACAAAAAUGAGGAAAAGGGAUAUUUCACUGCAGGACUAAGUUAUAAUUCUUCUCAGUGCAAGUUGUUUGUGAUGGGGUAUGAAUCUUGUUACUUCCAGCAAAUAUUGUUUUGACUUGUGAGAGGGGCACCCAUCGCCCUGCUGUCUUUGAGUCACUGACUAUGGGGGACGCUUCAGAAUGAUGAUCAGAAAGUGUAUUAUAACAUUUUUAGUAGCAAAAUUAACCAUUUUUCCCCAGCCACAGUAUUUGUGAAGAGUAAUGAGCCAUAGUACCCAGUCAUGGUUAAUGAAUUUUAAAAGCAUGGAGAUGAGAAGAAACAUGAGGAACAAUUAAGUUUCAACCUAUGGCUUCAGAACAUCAAGAUGUUCUUGUAUUGGAUUAUAGUACUUAGUAUUCAAAAAUGCCUGCAUCUCUUAUUUAUUGUAAGUUUUUAAAUGUAUAAAUUGUCUUAUAUUUCUUAACCUCUUUUAUAAAAAUUUUCCUAGAAGGUUUAUACUGCCUUCUUGCUUUAAAGCAAUUGGUCUAAAAUAUAUGUAAUCGUCUUAAUUAAAAGUUGCAGUAGGUUGCUUUUAGAGUAUUAUUUUUUUGUAAGGGGUGGGUGGGGACAGUAAAUUUGUAUUGUCUUGAUGUACAGUUUAAUGGGGAUAGAGGGGUUAAUGUCCAUACCAUUGUGUGUGGGGGAUUUACAGCUAAGCUGUAGUUGCAGAGUACAUGUACAGUAAUGAAGUUCACUGUGUUUAUAUAAAUUGAAAAGGUACCGGGUCUUACAGCAUUUUAUAUCACACCUUUACAGAGUAACAAUGGCAAUAUAUAAGUGAUAUUGUAGGUGGUUUAACUUGUAGUGAGAAUAAAACGAAUAAACUCUUCAAUUGAAGUUUGUGUUAUGGUUCAGGGCUGUGGCUAGAUUCUCAGAUCCGCUUCCAGGACACAAGUUUUAAUAUCACAAGAAUAUCUCUUGUGCAUUGUUGCUCCCUGGAUAUUCUUGGCACUGUGCUCAUUGCAUUGUUUGCUUCCACAUUUGUCACAAAAUGCGAAUCUGAGGCGGAACACACAGAAAACUCUGACCUUAUCCAAAGUCUCCUGCCAGGCUGAAAUUUAGCCCAGCUCUAGCCAUUUUACAAAUGCAAAAAUAGUCAAUCUUGACUUUAAGAUUGGUGUGUGUUUAACUAAAAUGUGGUGUAUAUAGAUCCUCAGUGAAUUCUGGUAUUCAGAUUUUAUUCCACUAGUAAAAAAAACAGCACGAAACCCUGAACAUUUUCCUUUUCCAUGUAUUUUUGGCACUGUGGUGAAGGUCCCAAGUAUCAGUGUAUGGCCUUCCCCAUAUCCCGUUUCCAGGCUCUGGCUGGGGCAUGUGCCAAGGAGGCUUUGCCCUCCCCAAGGAAGGGACUGACAAACCACAAGGCUUUCCUAAAUGUCUCCCUCUAUCUCCAGUCACCAUUGUUUCUCAGUAGUUUCCUUCCUUUUUCCUAGCACAUGCCAAAUGUCUGGUGCUGCUUUAAAAUAGCCCCUACGGGUGCUGAAGAGCAGCUGCAGAUGCUUUUUCUGGGUUCCUUAUCUGACUGCCAGAUGAAAAACUGAACUCCUGCAGCGCUCCUGGGAGCCUGUCGCUAUAACCCAAGUCCUGGGUCUUAAUACUGUCUGUCUCGCUGGUUUAAACCUGUAAAGGAGCAAGUUUUAAGAUCCAUCUGUGCACCUGCUGUUAGCCCUCUACAAGGAAGACUUUGCUUGCAUUUACCAAACUUACUGUGUUCAUGAAAAUCUCGUUUCGUAAAUGCAAAAGACCUGCCUGAGGUGAUUUUUUUCGUAUGAACAGUCUCACUGAAUCGUGUACAUACAAUAUUAGCAACUUUUUUGGUUUUGUAUAAAGAAGUUGUACAAUUGGUGAUGAGAAUUUUCAGUCAUUUCUUCAGAACAACAUGAGUGCAAUCAGAAGUUAGCAUAUUUUGAUAAAUAGAGUUAAAAACUGGGUCUGUCCAUGACUUUAUCUCGGUAAUGCACCACAGAUUAAACGGCACAUUAUUGUCUUACAGAAGGUUUUUUCUCAUUUGGUUGACAUUUUUGAAGUGGAAAAGUGCUCCUAAAACUGGAAUUUUCAAAGUGUAUGUCCUUUUUAUUUUGAGCUUUGUUGCUAAGUGGUUAUUUCUAACCCUGGCUCAGUCAACCAAGUUCCAAGGGCUGGGUUUUGGUGUGGCUUUGUUUGUGUUCAAUCUGACUUGUAUUCCUAAAGGUAAGUGAAUCAGCUGCCUGAAUGUUGGUGUAACUGUAUUCUGUUACCUGGACCAGCCGUCCGUGUGAAACUCCUACUGUGAAAGCUGCCAGUUUCCCACUCCUCCCCCCAUCAAAUGCAAUUAAAGUAAAUUAUAAUAUUAUAACCACUAUAAAAGAUUAGAAGGGCCAUUUCUGGAGUGAUAGUCACAGCCGGCAAUGUACAUAUCGAACCUGCCAGCACCACGGAGCCAACUACUAUAUUGGGCAUACUUUUUUGUUAGCUACUUUCAUUUAACUAUUUUAAGUGCACAUAAUAGCUGGUUUAUAAAUAAAAUUGUCACAAUCCAAUAAGUCGAGGUUGUUUAGCAAGUACAAGCUUAAACAGUUGAAAAUUUCAGCUACAGCUUUUCAAAAUGGUCUUGCAAGAAAAUGUUGUUCCUGUCAGUGCUUUAAGUAGCUGUGGAGGUUUAUCUCUUCCAAUGAAAGAAGAAGCUGAGAAGCUUCCAUUCCAAUUAAAAAUACAUAUUUUAACCCAGAUAUUACUGCAUUUAAGCCUUUUAGUCACCUUUGAUUCACUACUAUUUGAAUUAGUUUUCUGAAAACUGUUGCUAGACCAGCAAGGCCACCAGCCGUACUUGUAACAACCCUCACAUUUUAAAAGUAGCUGUAACAUUUAGAUCUUUCUAACAUUCUCUGAAAUAAUUAAAGAUAAAUGGAUUUAUAUUUAAAUCCUCAGCUAUGUUCUUACUUAGCUGUCAGUUAUGGCGCAGAUUAUUGUAUUUCUAUAUUUACCUCUGAUGGUAAUUUUAACUUUGUGUGUUGCUAUGAAGACUUGCUGAUGUCUUUAAUCAAGCACUAUUUGUUAAUACUGUAAUAUCAAAAUAUUAUGUUGCAUUAUUUUAAGGCUUUCAAAAAUAAGAGUAAAACAUUUAAAAAAAAAUGCUAUUGCACCAUAUAAUUUGCUGCACAACAGUAUGGCACAGCAUAUCAGUCUGUUGGGAUAGUAAUGCUGCAUCAACCUUGGUUUUGAUCUGGGUUUCUUUGGAGAAUUCAUUAAUGGGGUGACAUUGUACAACAUUACUGUCUCGCAACCUCCAGCUGGGAAGGUGGUUUUGUUUUAUUAUUAUUUUUUAAUUUUUUUUUUUUAAGUAAAGGGCCCAGGACUAUGCUUCAUACUUAAAGGGUUUUUUUAUUAUUAUUUGUGGGUGUACUUUUUAUUUUCAGUGGAGUAAAGCUUAAUUUACAGUAAAACUGGAUUUGGGACCUACCACAAUCCUCAGGGUCACUUUUUCAGGAUGCUACUCAUCGAGCUUUAGGUUUUUCCGAGUCAACUGGACGUGAGGACCUUGCCGAGCGCUGGCUUGGGAUGCCGUAGCCUGUGGCCUCGUGACUGGACAUGUCGUCCCUCUGGCACGGCUGGACACACCAGGGAGCCGCUCCAUCGCCCCGAUGGCACGGCUGGACACACCACGGAGCUGCUCCGACACGCCGCUGGCAUGGCUGGACGCACUGGGAAGCCAUUCCAACACCCCAGCUGGACACACCAAGGAGCUGCACCACCGCCUCUCUGGCACCGCUGGACAGGUCCAGGAGCUGCUUCAACGCCACUCUGGCAUGGCUGGACAGGUCAGGGAGCUGCUCCCACACCCCUCUGGCAUGGCUGGAUUUGCCGGGGAGCCUUGCACAGCCGCUGCCAUGUGCCCUCGGCCAAGCUGCCGUCGUAUUUAUCGUGACAAAACACAGAAACAAAAAGCGAUUUAAGGAACAAACACUAUUGCUGCCGAAUGCCAUAAACACUGAGUUGUACAAAUUGUGAUCGAGGAAAUGAAGAAAAAAAAAAAAAAGGUUUAUACUUUUUAAAAAAAAAAAAAUUCAAAUGGAAUAAAUUAUUCAUGAAGCCUUGA